UCGUUAGACGAACUUGAGCAUGAUCAAACAUAUGUUAUAUCCAGUUCGAAGAAUUUUGUUCCCUUUGCAUAUGGAUCAUCUAAUCCAUCACAACGGCUAACUACCGGUAUACCGACAAAUGUUCAUCGAAACAAAUUUGCACGUGAAGAUGAUCUUCGAUUAUUACGUCCAUUAUCAUCAAAAUUUAAUAAUGUUUAUGCUGUUAAUCAUCAUUAUCAUAAAUUAAAUCCAAAUGUUAAUAAUAAUUGUUACAUAGAGAAACCCCAACAAACAACAGUCAUUUAUACACCAACACGUGAAAUACGAACAGUUACAAUAGUCAACAAUAAAAAUCAUGAUCUUCAUUCAAAAGUUAUUUUAAAUUUAAAAACACCAAAAUCGUUUGAUCUAUUGCUAAUUGAUUUAGGCGAAGCUGUUCAGCUAAAAUGUCCAAGAGUUAUGUUUACAUCGAAUGGUCAAAUGGUGAAUAGUAUCUCUCAAUUGAAACAUGAUUUAUCUCACAUCAAUUUGUUUUAUAUUGAUAACGAAUAUCCUCAUGAGCCAUUAUCAAUGUAUCCACGAUCACCAACACCAAAAGGCUAUCAAUCACCAAUCGAUAAUAAUUGUUAUCAUUGUGAUGGAUUUCCAAUGCAACAACAACUAGAAACAUUAAAUUCAUAUUCAUUAUUGAAUAACAAUAUGAAUCCGAAUUUCUAUUCAUCUUCUCAAUCUGGUCAAAUAAUAUCAUCAACAUCUCCAACAAUUAAUCAUGGUUCUAUACCGUUUUCGCCAGAAUUUACUAACCGUCGCAUAAAUCGUCAAGCGCAAGCAACAAAUCAACGUAAGCAAUCAACUCCUAAAUUCGAUAUGUCCACACCGUUUUUCGUAGACCGAAAUAAACAAUCAGAAUAUCAACAAUGUGUAGGACCAAUAUUUGGUCUGGAUCAGAUUACUCCAGAUAAAUAUCAUCAAAUUCAAAACUAUGCAGAAAAAUUGCUCAACGAUACUUCAUUACAAAUUCAAAUUGAAGGUUUACUAUCACCUCGUAUUAGCCCACAACCAGAUCAAAAUAUUCAGCAACAUCAAGAACUAUCGAAAGCUGAGCGAAAUCGUAAGGAUUCGAUGAAAUUGAAAAAACAAAAACAGCCGGUAAACAAUAUUUUUAAACAAACAAAAAGUCUGCCAAAAGGCGCAAUGAAAUCGAAUAUAAAUCCGGAAGCACCAAUCAUAGCCAAAGUACCAAUCAAAAGAGCAGAGAAAAAUUUUACCGGUGGAUCUCCGAUUAAACGACCUUCAGCAGCAGCUGCCACAUUAAGGAAAAAAGGAGAAAACUUAAACAAAAGUAGUGAUAAUUUAAACCCCAAAACAAACAGUACGAUUAUAGGAAAUAAUUUGUCAGUUCAAUCAAAACAUUCAAAACGAUCACUGCCCACAUUGAAUCGAUCAACCGAACCACUCAACAAACAAAAAACUUCGACGCCAAUUUUAAAACGGAAAGUCAUCGGAUCUAAUGAAAGUUUAAAAAUAUUGCAACAAAAAGCUCCGAUUCCCAUGAUAAAAGCAAAAUCACCUACUCCUAGUAUCCGAUUACAAGUUCCAGAUAAUAAUGGUGAAACUAUGCUCAGAGCAUCACCAAUGAGGAUACGAACAGGAAAAUCAUCAGAAAAUCUUUAUUCAAAUAUCGAUAAACAACCUGUUAAACUACCAGUAAAAUCCAAAAGUUUUGUCAUGUCUUCCAGUGGUAAUCAAACAAAAGUGAAACGCGGAACAUCAGACUUAUCUGUUGGUUCUAAAGGCAAAUCAUCUUUAGCGAUAAAUAAACUACGUGAAAUCGAAAAAAAUCUACAUGGUUCAAUUUCACCACCGGAAUUUUAUCUAGAAUUAGACAAAGUCUACGGUUACAAUGGUAAACGAGUUCAAAAUCUUGUUUUUUUAAAUACCAAAGAGUUGGCGUUUUUUUCUGGUGUAUUUGCGGUACUAUGGAAUCAACAAUCCGGAAAACAACGAUUCUAUACUGAACAUGAUCAUGAUAUUUGCUGCCUUAGAGUAGAUCCUAGCUGUGAAUACAUUGCAACUGGUCAUGUUACUAAUUCUACAAUGAUGAUUCGUAUUUGGUCAAUCAAAACAUUAAAAACAGUUAAAAUUUUAACGAACAAAUGCGAACUGGUCGAUAUGGAAUUCACUACAAAUAAUUCGCUUUUUAUGCUGACCGGAGGUAAAGAAUCGAACAUAAGUUUAUGGAAUUGGAGACUUAAGAUCAACAUUGCCAAUACAACGAAAUCCUUGGACAACAACGAACAACUCUAUGGUUUGACUGUUCAUCCUAUCGAAACCGAUAUUGUAGUCACUUAUGGCAAAAUGCAUCUAGUCGUAUGGCAUUUCAAAAAAGAUCGAUCUAUCGAUAAUCGUACUGCGUUACAAAUGCAAUCCAAAAUCAUUAAAACAAUAUAUUGUGCUGCAUUUCUUCAUGAUAAUAGUUUAUUGACAGGUGAUUCGCAGGGCAAUUUGACUAUUUGGGCACCAUAUGAAGUUGAUAAAGUCUUGGAAUUUGCUAUCAAAGAAGUUAAAGGUCAUGAAUCACAAUUAACCUGUUUUAAGAUGACCAAAGAGAAUAUAUUGAUUAGUGGUGAUCGAGAUGGUGUGAUCAAAACUUGGGAUGUAAAUGAUAAUGAAUUUCGAUUAGUAAAUGCUGUAAAAUUGCCAUCGAUAAGUGGUUCGGUAUCGGCUAUUACUCCACCGAACAAAUUAGAUGAAUCGAUGGAUAUCUACAUUGGAACAUCGAACAAUUUCAUCUUAAAGGGUUCAGCUAUACAAACCGAAGAUUAUCAGAUUAUUUUCGAGGGUCAUUAUAUGGCUAUACGAACAUGCUCAUUAGACUACGAUAACAAUAUUUAUACUGCAUCAUUAGAUAGAAAAAUUUGCAAAUGGAAUGAUUAUGGUCUCGCUUGGAAAACUGAUUCUAGUAUACAAGGAAUGUCAUCUAGCGUUCAUCCGGCCGGUCAAGUAUUGGCUGUUGGUUCUGCAACUGGUAUCAUUGCAAUAGUGAAUACUGGAUCAGGUGAACCUAUCCAAUACAUUCAGUUAACAACGGUUUGCAUUGGUUGUAUGUCUUAUUCACCAAAUGGUGAUUUUUUAGUCGCCGGUUGUCAAGAUGGAUGUCUACAUGUGAUACCAGUUCGGGAUAAUGGACUCACAUACGAUAAAGUUUCCAUUCUUAAAGGUCCAUUGCCCAUUUUAACCUUACAAUGGUCAAUAGAUACGCAAUUCAUAUUGACCUCGGUGGAUGACAAUAAUUUUCAGGAAUUAAUUUUAUGGGAUUUACCCAACACACGUUACAUUCGUAAUGUGACAAGUUUCUCUGAUAAUCUUCAAUGGUGUAAUGUCACUUGUAGUGGAUUAGAAGAUGCUCGUGGCACUUGGGAUAAUGAAAAAUUCAAAGAUGUCAUCAAUAUUUGUAAGAAUUAUUCUCCCACUUUAAAAUGCAUUGUUACUGGCGAUGAAAAUGGUUUUAUACGAUUAUUCGCUUAUCCCUGUUAUGAUACUAAGGCAUCAUACUUUCAAUACAAACAAGGUGGCGGCAGUGUUACGGAUGUGAAAUUUGCUCCAAACGAAGCUUUUAUUGCAACAUGUAAUUUUGAUGGUACCGUUUUCGUUUGGCGUUUAAUUGAAUAUCCGAAAUUGUCCAAGACCAUGACAAAAUCAUGAUUUGAAAAUAUUGAAAAUGGUUACAUAUAUUUUUGUUAAAA